AUGGCGACUCCUAUCAAUCCACCAGUACCUUCGUCAGCAUCAGAAUCUGCCACUACCGCGCCGGCGCAACAACAAUCUACCUCCGAAAUGCAGGCCCAGCAACAGCAACCGCCCCGCGAGCCCAAAGGAGCCGCAAAGAGCGCCUCUAAACCCGCCAAACAAUCCCAAAAACCCAAGGAGGGCGCGUCCUCAACUGAUGGAGCCACGCCGGCCGAUGCAGGAUCUGAGAAACUCACACCCGCUGAACUGAAGAAGAAGGCCAAAGCAGAAAAGGCCGCCCGCAGGGCGAAGGAGAGGGCCGAGAGAGAACAAGCCGGUGGUGCGGCGCCGGCGCAGGGCGCCAAUUCCGCAUUUGCGAAGAAAGGGCAGGCCGGCGCGGGGGGAGCUGGUGGUGGUGCGGGCGGGAAGGACGCUGCUGCUGCGCAGUCGCAGAAGGGACGGGGGUAUCUGCCGCGUCGGGGCUCUGCGCAGGCUGCUGGCGCUAUGGAGCAAAAGAAGAAGCAGGAGGAUAAGAGUGUGGCUGUUUUUGGACACCUUUAUGGGCAGCAGCGGAGGACUACGGUUGCUGGGGCGGGCAAGGAGGUGCAUCCUGCUGUGUUGGCUUUGGGGUUGCAGAUGAGGGAUUAUGUGAUUUGUGGGAGCAGUGCGCGAUGUGUAGCGACGUUGUUGGCGUUCAAGAGAGUGAUCGAGUCCUACACAACGCCUCUUGGUACCUCCUUGGCUCGUCACUUGACUACCCACCUCUCCCACCAGAUCACCUAUCUCUCCACUUGCCGCCCUCUCUCGAUCAGCCAAGGAAAUGCUAUUCGUGCGCUCAAGCUGGCUAUUUCCUCGAUUGACCCCUCCGUUCCUGAGGCGAGUGCCAAGGCGUCGCUAAGCGACUUUAUCGACAGCUUCAUCCGCGAAAAGAUUACUGUUGCAGACCAGGUUAUUGCGGACAGUGCCGCUCAGAAAAUCCAGGAUGGCGAUGUGAUUGUGACAUACGCCGGCAGCUCGAUUGUCAAGCAAACUCUUCUCACCGCACACAAGCAAGGCAAGAAGUUCCGGGUAUCCAUCAUCGACUCUCGUCCGUUGUUCGAGGGCAAGAACUUGGCUCGGACGUUGGCCAAGGCCGGUCUCGAGGUUCAGUAUUCGCUCGUCAACGGCAUCAGCCAUGCCAUUAAGGACGCUACCAAAGUGUUCCUCGGAGCUCACGCGAUGACUAGCAAUGGUCGGCUGUACUCACGCGUCGGCACGGCGCUGGUCGCCAUGUCUGCCAAGGAGCGUGCCGGUGGUGUGGAGGUCCCUGUCAUUGUAUGCUGUGAGUCCGUCAAGUUCACCGACCGAGUUGCUCUUGACAGUAUUGUCGUCAACGAAAUUGCCGACGCCGACGAGCUGGUAAUGAACGAGCCCUUGCAGCAAGUGACAGGUCUGCCCGACCCGGCUGCCGUUGCUCAACCGGAGCCCAAGAAGGGGAGCAAAUCUGCUGCGAACCCCAGUCACUCCGAGUCUACUGCAGUCACACAAGGCACUUCGCCUCUGAAAGACUGGAAAGACACUCCCAACCUGCAGCUGUUGAACAUCAUGUACGAUGUGACACCGGCCGAAUAUGUUGACAUGGUUGUUACCGAAAUGGGCAGCCUGCCGCCAAGUGCCGUCCCAAUCGUGCACCGGAUGAGCACAAAUUUGUGA